UGCCUCGUUCCGUGUGUAAACUUUACCGGUUCGGGUGCAAAGUUACAACCGUCUGCAAACAGCUGAGCGGUGGAAUAUGCUACGGUAUAGCAGCUAAUCAGGAACUGUGGUCUUUCUUUUUUCCAACUGAAUUGAAUCUUCAAAUGGAAGGGGAGACAAAUGAUAGGAGCUAAUAUAUUAACUUAUAAUUAUCGAGCUAGAAUAUAACGUUACAUUGCUGUGGUUUUUUGACUGACCGGAGUUCGUGACUGUUUCCAGCUAACGUUAGCUAACCAGUUUAUUCAACGCGAGGAGGUAAAAUGGCUUGUGAGCCCAACUUUGUUCGGCUGCUAUGCAUGCUUUCGCUGACUUUUGGGUUUUUCAUUGUGGAGGUAGUAGUCAGUCGAAUAACAUCGUCCUUGGCAAUGCUGUCGGACUCGUUCCACAUGCUGUCGGACGUUAUCGCGCUGGUGGUGGCUUUGGUGGCCGUCCGCUUCGCCGAGAAGACGCAGUCGAACAACAAAAACACCUUCGGAUGGAUCCGGGCGGAGGUGAUGGGCGCCCUGGUCAACGCUGUUUUUCUCACGGCUCUGUGUUUCACCAUAAUCCUAGAGGCCGUCGAGCGCUUCACCGAGCCCCACGUUAUCGAGAAACCCUGGGUCGUCAUCGGGGUUGGGGCUGCCGGGCUUCUUGUGAACCUGCUCGGGCUCUGCAUGUUCCACGGACACGCCGGGAGCGGAGGACACGGGCACUCGCACGGGAAUAAAAAGAACAAGAGGAAUAAGAUGUGUAAAUCGGACAGACCGUCAGGCAACGGAUCAUCCGUUGAGGAGACCAACAACCUAGUAGGCAACUGCACCAAUAGCCCCAACGGCGUCAGCACCGACAGCAGACCCCGGCAUGGAACGACGCACGACAUCCCGUGCAGCGACAGCCUGGAGCUGCAGCUGAACGGCAGCGCCCCCUAUGAGGAGCUGGAGGACGCGGCCGCGUCGCAGCUGAACAUGCACGGGGUGUUCCUGCACGUGCUCGGGGACGCCAUGGGCUCCGUCAUCGUGGUGGUCAACGCCCUCAUCUUCACCUUCGUCUGGCAGCCCUGCGUCCCCGGCGAGUCCUGCACCAACCCCUGCAUCCACAGCCACUGCCCCGGCAACAGCACGGAGGCGGGUCCCCAGGGCAACCUCACGGAGGCGGGUUCCCAGGGCAGCCGCGCGGAGGCGGGGCCGUGCUGGGUGCUGUACCUGGACCCCACGCUGUGCGUGAUCAUGGUGCUGAUCCUGCUGCGCACCACCUACCCGCUGCUGAAGGAGUCUGCGCUCAUCCUGCUGCAGACCGUGCCCAAGCAGAUCGACGUGCACCUGCUGAGCGAGCGCCUGCGCGGCGUGGACGGCGUGCUGGCCGUGCACGAGCUGCACAUCUGGCAGCUGGCGGGCAGCCGCAUCAUCGCCACCGCGCACAUCAAGUGCCACGACCCCACCUCCUACAUGGACGUGGCCAAGCGCAUCAAGGCCUUCUUCCACGACCAGGGCAUCCAUGCCACCACCAUCCAGCCCGAGUUCGCCACCGUCAACUCCGAGUCGCGCAUCUCCCUGUGCGAGCUGUCCUGCCGGACUCAGUGCGCCCCCAAGCUGUGCUGCGGGGCGGCGGACAAGCCCGCCGCCGCCACGGACACCACCGCCGCCACCGAGAGGGAGCCCAGCGACGGGAACAGCGCCGCCCUGCAGGUGAUCAGCGAGACUGCGGCGGAUCAGGCCUCUGUGCAGGUGCUGCCUCAGCAGGACCCCAAGGUCACCUUCUCCAGAGAGGUGGAGUCAUCCCUGUGAGGGGGCGGAGUCGGGCAGUGUAGCUCCUCCCCCACCCUGAGGAGCUGAUUAUGUGGCCCCUCCCCCCCACCCCCCACACACACACACCCUUCUCUCCUGGCCUGAUGUCUGGCCCUGCCCACUGCGUACAGUUCAUUCACAGACAGCACCAUGAUCCUCUCUGAUUGGACCGUUCUCACUGGGGCGGUGUCCGAGCCGGUCGCCAGCAGUGUGUGUGUGUGCUGAAGCGUCUUCAUACGGGACACGGGGGCUGAGACCUCCCUAAAGAGAGAGAGAGAGAGAGAGAGAGAGCAACAAAUGAAACUACACACACACACGCAUACAUGCCUUCACAAACUCACGCAUACACGCCUACACACACUCACACACACACAUGCCUACACACACACACACACUCUUAAACACAUGUGCAGGCUUCAUGGACUAAUCCAUUAUAAAGGUAAUGCCUUUCCACGGCUAAUCUGCUAUAUCUCUUCUUUUUUUUUUGUUGGCUUUGCACAAUGUAUCUGUCAGCGCUCUUACCCCAAUUUAAAAUUAUUUUAUAAAAAUUAAAAAAUAAGUUAUGUAUUUAAGUUAUUUGCCAGUAUCUUAUCUGAUAGAUGCUUUUUAAACUGUAGCCACGGUAACACUGAAGAUGUUGUUUGUUGCGAGUAAUGGUGGCUUUGGCGUAAGCGGUCCGCUGUAACGCUGAAUCACACUGUCUGUACGGGCUGCUUUUCUCGCCUUGUGACUCUAUAAAAAUAGUUUAUUGUAGCGGAGAGGACCGGCAGUGUUUGUCUCUAACAACCUUUAACUUUUCCAGUAGCGCAGACGCACACCUAAGUACAUAUUCAUAUACAUAAAAGUCCAGAACUUUCCUCCAAAGUGCGCUGUUCUGUGUGUUAGCGUGCGGUUCUGUGCGUUAGCGCGCGGUUCUGUGCGUUAGCGUGCGGUUCUGUGCGUUAGCGUGCGGUUCUGUGCGUUAGCGUGCGGUUCUGUGCGUUAGCGCGCGGUUCUGUGCGUUAGCGUGCGGUUCUGUGUGUUAGCGCGCGGUUCUGUGCGUUAGCGUGCGGUUCUGUGCGUUAGCGUGCGGUUCUGUGCGUUAGCGUGCGGUUCUGUGCGUUAGCGCGCGGUUCUGUGCGUUAGCGUGCGGUUCUGUGCGUUAGCGUGCGGUUCUGUGCGUUAGCGUGCGGUUCUGUGCGUUAGCGUGCUGUUCUGUGCGUUAGCGCGCGGUUCUGUGCGUUAGCGCGCGGUUCUGUGCGUUAGCGUGCGGUUCUGUGCGUUAGCGCGCGGUUCUGUGCGUUAGCGUGCGGUUCUGUGCGUUAACGCGCGGUUCUGUGCGUUAGCGUGCGGUUCUGUGCGUUAGCGUGCGGUUCUGUGUGUUAGCGCGCGGUUCUGUGCGUUAGCGUGCGGUUCUGUGUGUUAGCGCGCGGUUCUGUGCGUUAGCGUGCGGUUCUGUGUGUUAGCGCGCGGUUCUGUGCGUUAGCGUGCGGUUCUGUGCGUUAGCGCGCGGUUCUGUGUGUUAGCGCGCGGUUCUGUGCGUUAGCGUGCGGUUCUGUCCGUAAGAUACUGGGCAGCUCUCUGUGGAUUUGUCUCUUGAUAUACUGGUGGGAACUGGACAGAGAAAGUCACUUAGUGAAUGCUGUCUUCUCUUGUUUUGCCAUUAUUUCUGAGAGACAGAUAGUCCCUCGGGGGGUGGGGGGGGGGGGGGUCGGGGGGGGGUCACAGUGAUGUUGAAUUCUCCUACUGUUCUGUUUUGGGAAAGAGACCUUUUUUCCCUGGAGCAUUGUGCUACUACUUUGCAUGACCAAGCUGAAGUGUGUUGUGAAUCACAGAUGAGUAUAGAGAAACACUUUUAGGCACUCACUUUUAAAUGAGUAAAAUGUUGCGCUUGAUUGGCUAUUCAGAUUGGGGCGGGCAGGGGGAGGAGUCAAACUUUUCUCUCAUCCUGAAUGUGGAUAUGAGUCUCUUCCCCUCUCAUGGGGGGGCGGUUUUUCAGUCAGAUUCUCAUGGAUGAUCUUUGUGGCCUUUCCAUGAGUUUGAAACUUCAUGACCCCACUCCCUUUUUCUUAAGUGUUUAAUGCAAUCUUUUGAAGAUAUGGUUCACAAAUGCAUUUCAUAUUUCCACACAGAAUAAAUGUAUGCAAUAUGGAUAAAUGUUCUGAAUCGAGUGGGUAUGUGCUUCUCCGUCACACGCAUCCCCGGUCGUCACCACUUAACCAGAGCGGACUGGAGCUGGAGGGGAGGAUACACUGUCUGUGCAAGAUUUUAUUUGUCAUUUUUGGAUUUUUAAAUGUAUCUGGCAGUUUGAACAGUUGUUUUUUAUGGUAUAUAUUCCUGUAAAAAAAAAGAAAAA